UUUUAAAUCUCUGUCAUCAAAAGAAAACACUUGCUCGUUGUGACUGAGGAUCGAGAUUUUAUUUUAUAGCGUUAUAUAAUUUUGUCUAAGUCGAGUGUAUUAGUGGUGUGUAUUUUUCCGUCGUUGAUAUCCCACACCGUGAAGCGGAAUGGCGGAAACAAACGCUAGAUAUCAGCAGCUGCCCAACGAGGAGGAGCCAGAAGAGGGUCCACAGGUUGCAGCCGAUGCUCCGCCUCCAUACAGCAGCGUGGCAGCCGACAGUGCUGCCUACUUGGACUACAAGGAAGACGGGGUUUUCCCCAAGCCUCCAUCCUACAACGUAGCAACUACGCUCCCUUCCUACGAUGAAGCAGAAAGAACAAAGGCCGAGACUUCAGCUUCUCUGGUAACAGGAAGACAGCAGCCUCAGCACAGGGAACACCUGGACACUUUUGAUGAUAUUAUUCGCAGUUCACUGGAGGAUGAGGAUUUUGUGAGCAGAGAUGAUUUUGAAGAUGCAGACCAGCUGAGGAUAGGAAACGACGGCAUCUUCAUGCUCACGUUCUUCAUGGCGUUCCUGUUCAACUGGAUCGGUUUCUUCUUGUCGUUCUGUCUGACCACCUCGGCAGCCGGACGCUACGGGGCGAUUUCAGGCUUCGGACUCUCCCUCAUCAAAUGGAUCCUCAUUGUCAGGUUCUCCACGUAUUUCCCGGGUUACUUUGACGGACAGUACUGGCUGUGGUGGGUGUUCCUGGUGUUGGGCUUUUUGCUCUUUGUCCGAGGAUUCGUCAAUUAUGCCAGAAUUCGGAAGAUGGCCGACACCUUAUCCACUUUGCCCCGCACCCGAGUGCUCUUCAUCUACUAAGCUCACAGAACACUGGGAUAUUUUCUUUUUUGUUUGUUUAUUUCUGUGUCUGUUAUUAUUAUUAUUAUUUUUAAUCAGAAAAGAAAAUCAAAGAUCACAUUUUUACCCACAUGUUGCCACAACGUUCGGACAAUAAGACGUCUGUUGCCCCCUUUUGGUGUAAAAUCAGUGAAUGCUGAGAAGUCUGUGCAACACUCGAGUUGUUCGUGGUGAACUGUCAAGUGCUUUCUAUAAUUAUGAAGUGUGUAAUGUUUAAAUGAAUGCCUUACUGUUUUAUUGUUUGUGGCUAGCAGCAUGUACUGGUCUUUCUUUCAGCCACCAGGGGGCAGUCUUGUUCGUGUUUUUUCUCAAACAAGUCUGAUUUUGAACAGAAUAAAGACUGGUUGUCAGCCCGGGGCUUUGCGGGUUGUUCAGGGGUUAUGGAUUGAUUGAACACAGUGAGAUUAUAUAUUUCAAUUUAAUGUGCUUUUAACUUCUCUGAUCAAUGUGUUUGUGAAAUAAACAAAUUAGGUAAGACAAAGAUGUUAAAGAAAAAGUAGYUUUUGUGGAGGUUCUUGGACUGAAAGGAGUAUUUGGAAGAAAACAAUCAACAAUUUUGGUUCUUGUAUUCGUAAUCUUUUCUUACACUUGAUGCUKUUAAGAUUUCUUUCCUCCGACUUAUCAGCAAAAUGCAGCGAUGUUGAAGCUAAUCAGGAGCAGAGCUGUGUGGGGAGGGCUGAGGGCCAAGUUGAUAGUUAGUCACUGGGUUUAGAUGUGCAAUCAGACAUUUCAAGUCAAAUAAAUAAUUCCAACACCCUCAA